AUGGAGUGUUGUGAUUCCAUAAGAAAAAAUGUUUGCAUAUUAUCUCAAAAUGAAAAUGAAAGUAUUAUUUAUAAUACUGCAAAUUAUAGAUUAUUUAUAAUUGUUGAUUAUAUGAAUUCUUUAUAUCAAUCUCGAUUGAAUAAUGAUAAAAUAAAUGCUGAUAAUAAAAUUUUAUUAGAUGAAAUUUUUGGAGAUUUAAAUUCAGGAUAUUCAGUAUAUUUUACAAAAUUUGAAAUAGAAAUAGCUUAUGCACCAGCAUUAGAGAAUUAUAAAAAUUUAACAAUGUUUUCACAAAAUCUUAGUGAUCAAAUUAUAGAAAGAAUUAAAGAAUUACAGAAAACAGAGGUUAAAACUGAAGAAGAGGGAGAUGAUGAUUAG